CCCCCGCUGCGGCGGCGAGCGCAAUGCCUCCUGAAGGUGUUAAGGGGGAGGGGAUGGGAAACAAGUCCCCGGCGGCGGCGGCGGCGGCGGCGGCGGGCACAACGCCUCCGGAAGGCGUCAAGGGGGAGGAACGGGACUCACCGCAUCACCCCCCAUCCCUCCCCCCCCCGACGUUCGUCCCGCCAAACAGCUACACGUUUCCUUCGUCAAGGGUCAAUGGGACCGGUGAUAUGAGCGCGGCGUGGACAGCUCUUGGCGGGGGCGGCGAGGCUUGCAACGACAACGCCGACGACAAGGACAACGAUUUCGAGGAGGGUCCCUCUCGGGGAGAUCGGCCCCAACAGGAGCCGAUUCCCGAGGAGGCCGCGCCAGCCACCGGCGAGGAGAAAGGUGCUACCCCCGAGGGGACAGAGAACGGGAGCGACGAGGACGACAACGACGGCGACGAAGGGGAAUGGGGCAACGAGAGCGAACGGCAUGUCAUGUACGAGUUGCUCGACGGCUUUCGGUCACAGAACGUGUCCGCGGACGAUCGGCACGCGCUCAUGACCUCCGCUGGGGGCCAGUUUGCUGACAUGCUCUCACGCCACUGGACGGAGAAGUCCACUCCACCCGAGUGGCUGGUGUCCCUCUUCCGCCCCACCGCACCUCCCACCACCACGACUCCGGCUUCUGCAGAGGAAGUGGCUCAGUGGAGGUAGCACCUCCCCCGACCUAGUUCUCCGUCAACCAAUCUUGCCUACUGUCACUCAGAACACACCUGCCCAUCCUCGGAACCUAGCCCCUGGUUUAGCAUCUACUCCGGAUAGCCAGAAUAGUGAUUACAGGCGUAGCAACCCUGUCGCACCCGAGUCGGCAUCUACUCCGGAUAGCCAGGACAGCACAUACAGGCCUAGCAACCCUGUAGCACUGCUGUCUACACCUCCACUGGCGCAUUAUUCUCUGCCCACAAGCACCCCUACCUCAACACAUACAUCGGGACACAUCCAGAAAUUUACUUUUCGCCAGAACGACCUUCCGAAAGAAAUAUCGUUUUCGGGGAAACCAGGAGAUUCCGAUGUUGUUGAGAUACUGACCAAAUACCGAGCACGUGUGAAACUAGCCUCUGUUGCAGCAGACGACCCGGCCGAAUCUGUAGUAGACCAAAGAGCGAUUCAAUUCCUCCCCUUCGUCAUUCGAGGCCAAGCCUAUGACACUCUAGUGGAACUGGUUAGUGGUACUCUCGAAUGGCGAUCGGCACACCGGUUGACCGCACUUCGGAAUGCAGGACAAGUUGUCAGACCUCGAGCACCGGCAACUUGGGAUGAAUACUGUCAAGCUUUCACCUUUCAUUUCUCCGCGCCCAACCGCAUUGCGGUAUUAGCUAGAGAAAUAGCCGCUCUCAGGCAGGAAGGAGAGACGACAGUGGACGGGUUUGCGCUCAAAGUUACUCAGGCCCGCACACGCCUCCUCGCAGAGGCUGCUCGUUCAGGUCCCUCCCACAUUAGCCACUACGAACACGCAUGGGACGUUUUCAUGACUGCCACAUUUGAGAACGGCCUGAAACCUCACAUUAGAGUAGAGUGUGUUCGAGAGGACCCUCCAAACUCAUUUCAGGACGCAAGACUUCGCGCGAAAAAACACGAGGCAAAUAAUCUGAGAGGCGCAGCGUCACCCAUAUCCGACACCGUAUCUGCUGUCGCGUACCCUGAACCCCUACAGCUGAAGCAGACUGUGUCCUCGAACAAGAA